AUGUUUGGCGGGGGUUCCAAUUCUCCAGGACUAAAGACAGAGAGCGAAUCGAAAGCUGAAACAAAGCCUCCUUCGCCCGGCUCAAGUCCUAAAGCCAACCCUCCGGCUCCCAUCAAGACGGCUAUUACCUCGCCUGCGAGCGGAGAGAAACGAAGUGGCAAUGGCAGCCCCCGCUAUAAUGACACCGGGGGAUCUACGGAUAAGAAACGUAGGAGCAGCGGUGUCGGGAGCAAAGCGAGCAGUUUCCUGGCAUCGGCUAAGAAUACCUUGAACUUCUCCCAGGUCGGUCGUGGAAACUCCGAUCUGAGUGCCCAGACGCCUUUGCAGAAGUUGGGUAAGCAAGAUCCCGCCUUGGCAGUCCCGCAGGGCCAGCAUAACAAUUCCGCCGGCGAAUCGUUACCCGGCCCGAAGUCUACAUUCCGAGUCGGCGUUUGGGAAGAUAGGAACAAGAAAUGUCGUCGGACCAUGGAAGACACCCACGCAUUCUUGUACAACUUCUUGGCGACUCCUCAGCCCAAUAGCGACGCCCCGUCCAAAGCCAAGUCCGAGAAGAACGACUCGGAAGGAACUGGCAACGAGAUGUUGGAAUCCGACAACGGAUACUUUGCCAUCUUUGAUGGCCAUGCUGGUACUUUUGCUGCUGACUGGUGCGGGAAGAAGCUUCAUCUUAUUCUCGAGGAUGUUAUUCGAAAAAAUCCAAAUGUGGCUGUACCGGAGUUACUAGAUCAGACCUUCACCACGGUGGACACACAGCUAGAAAAACUCCCACUGAAGAAUAGCGGCUGUACGGCUGCCAUUGCCGUGUUGCGAUGGGAGGAUCGUGUCUCCAAUGAGAAACCUGCUGCGGGGGCGACGAAACAGACACCCAAGACGAACGAGGCAAACAACCCUGAUAAAGACAAGCCAUCUAGUUCGCCGCGUGGCCGUACGGCUUCUGCCUCCUCUACCGACACUCAACUGAAGCCGAAGCUGCCCACCACCAGGCAACGCAUUUUAUACACGGCUAAUGUCGGCGAUGCUCGCAUUAUCCUAUGUCGUGGCGGCAAGGCGUUGCGGCUGUCAUAUGACCACAAGGGAAGUGACGAGAAUGAAGGCAAACGGAUUGCCAAUGCCGGCGGGCUGAUUUUGAAUAAUCGUGUCAACGGCGUUCUGGCAGUGACCCGUGCACUAGGUGACGCAUAUAUGAAGGAACUUGUCACCAGCCACCCAUACACGACAGAAACUGUUAUACAAUCUGAUACGGACGAAUUCAUCAUCAUUGCAUGCGAUGGGUUGUGGGACGUUUGUAGCGACCAGGAAGCUGUCGAUCUAGUCCGGGACGUCCAAGAUCCAAUCGCUGCGUCAAAACAGCUGGUAGACCAUGCUUUGAGUAGAUUCAGCACCGACAAUUUGUCCUGCAUGAUUGUUCGCUUUGAUAAGACUUCUACGGUAGCCCAAGGCGUGAGUACUAGUGAGAGUGAAGGCGGAUCGGACCGCAUCGCGGCGGCCAGGGUCAGUGAAGCUGAGAAGAUCGUAUCGGACACCAAGCAGGCAAUCGCCGAAGGUACCGUGCCUGCAGUUGGAGUGUCUGCCAGCAAUAGCGGUCGGGGAUAUGACACGAUACCUAGAGAGGGAGGAGAAUUCAUUGUGACUACGCUGAGUGAGCCUGUCGCGGAGGAGACAGAGAGCGCUGUUGCGGAGGACGACAGCCCCGAAGUGUCAACAAAAGGCAAAGACGCCCCGGAGGCGGCAGAGGCUGCAACAAAACCUGAUGAGGGGCCCGAGAAAUGA